AUGGUCAUUGAAAAUGGUAUUGACUAUUAUUUAAAAACUGCUAAACCAGUCAUUCAAGGUAAAGUUGAAUCAAUAAUGGUUAAACCACAAGCUCAUGAUUUAUGGUUUAAAACAAUUCAAUCAGAUUUAAAAGAAUCUGUUUUUGGUACACCAUUUGGUGGUUGUUUUGCAUGGUAUUCUAAUGAAAAAGUAAUUUCAACUACACAUGCAUGGUCACAAAUGCAUUUUUGGUAUAUAACCCAUUUUCCAAAUUAUGCAGAUUUGAUAUAUGAAAAUAAAAAAAAUGCAUAAAAUUUUGCAACCAAAUAUUUGUAACGCUUUUGCUAAUUAUGCCUCUUGAACUAAUCUUAUCACCACUAAUGAGACCAUUAGUGCAGGCUAAAUCAAUCUUGUUUAGUCCACAUCGUACACCAUCACAUUAUGUACCACAAAUUAAAGAAAUUCCAAAAGAUGUUUCACAAUAUGUUAUUUUAAAAAGAUUUGGUUCAGGAAAUAAAAUAUUUGAUGUUUUUGAUACAGAAAAGGGGAAAUAUCCAAUUGGUUCAAAUAAUCCAAAUGAUAGAUUAUUUUAUUUUCAUAGAUCAAGAGCUGUUAAAGGUGCUUAUAGAAUGUUUAAAGAUGAUAAAGAUCCAAUGUGUUAUUUAAGAGCUGGUUUAAGGGGUAAUGUUUGUUUAAUUAAAGCUGAUGUACCAGUUGCUGAAUUAGGUUGGCAUAUUAUUAAUCAUAGAGUUGAUGCAAUUGAUUCAUAUCGAAUGUUUACAUUAAGUGAUGGUUAUACAUAUCAAUGGACUUAUAGAGGACAAUGGUUAGAGAAAAUUCAUAAUUUAGGUGAAAAAGAAUCAGAAAUUAGAGAAAGAAUUGGACAAGUAACAUUUAAUGGACCUUAUGGUUUUACAUUAUAUAUUGAUGAAAGUAAAAUGUAUAAAGAAAUAGCAUUAACAACAGCAUUAAUAUCAUUUAUUGAUCAAUGGAGUACAAAUUUAGAAAUUGGUGGAAUUUAUUAUGCUAAACAGCACGAAAAUGUACGUUGGAAGCGAGAUUAG